UUUGUAAUCUUAUGUUUCGAUCCGCUUUGCUUUUUAUUGAGAGGAUGAUAUAGUUCUAUUCUUGACUUACCCUAGGGAGACCUUUACGAUAACUAGCCUUGCUAUGCCCUUGAGCUAAGAGAGUGGAUUAUAGCCCAUCCCGAAUAAGGGUAAGACGGAUUCUGUGCCGUCAUUUUUGCCCUCAAUCCAUGCCCUUGUGAAGCGUAGCUUGCAGAACUCAUAGCUCUCGGCGCCGAUAUGCUGUGGCAUGGACCAUUUAUGUUUUUAAAGUGCGCAUUAUGAUGGACUAGCACCUACAUAGUGUCUUUGUUUCUUGUUUUUGUCUUCUCAAUUGCCAUUGGCGCUGUUUGAACUUUGUGAUGGCUUUUUUCACUGAUACAAAUGCCUUUUAAACGACGCAAAAUCAGGAUUUAUCAAUGUAAGCCAAAUAUCUUAAUGUAGUUCAUUAGUUUUUAUUCAGCACAAUCGAUUCUUUAAAAUGUCCCUAGGUGAAUAAGGAAGCAUAUAGCCGAUCGAAUUGUCAGUUUAAGUCUUUUUGUAUUGCUCCUGUUUUAUAUUUUUUAUUAUUCAACGGGAAGUCCAGAUAAAUGCCCUAGAUAAUACCCUCAAAACAAGAGUACGAUAUAUCAUAUUCUAUUGCCCUUACUUAUUGCAACGAAAAAAGCCCUCCGAUCAUACGCCUAUACCGGAAAUUACCCCAGUUCAACAGGUUUCAAAAUGCAAAAUGCUACCAGCUUAUUUGCUUAACUUUUCUGUUAUAAAUCUUAUCGCUCUGUUUUUUUUUUUGUCUUGGUAUAAUGUUGUUGUUGUUACUGUCUUUGUUGUUGUUAUUUUGUUUGGCGCGACAGCACCUGUACUCCUCGUCAGCAUCAAGUUCAAAACCGCUGAGUUGAUUUUAGUCGUUUAAAUGGUGUCUCUAAUAUUUCCGGCAUAUUUUCGGCAUACCUGUGUGUCAUUUUAAGCAGAGGGCGGAGAGUGGCCUGGGAUUAGUGUUACGAUUAGCCCAAGAAGGAUUCUCGAGUAUUAGUGCUUUAUCACACGAUUAGCAUAACGACCAUGCAGCCGUCUCUUAAACUGCUUUUAAGCUAAGAUAUUUUUAUGCUAGAAAAGUCCAGAAUCAGAAGGCGUUUUUUUCCGUUUUUGUGAGUUUUUCAUUUGUGAAAAAAAGUCGGUUAUUAAUAUUCAAUGUGGAACUAGUGUUUAACACCCUACAAAACCGCGAAGCUAUACAAAACACAAUUUAUUAAGCGUGCUAUGCUUUAUUUUAGCACUAUUGUUUGUUUGUUUUUCUUUUUUUUUUGUAUAAUCAUGCUAAAAGUGUGCGAAUGUUCAGUUUAAAACGAUAUGAAUUGGCAGAAAGUCUCUUGAAACUGCGGUCGGCUUUUAUUUUUGUAAAACGAAGCUAGUCUUUUGUUUUUGUGAUGCACAAGCUCAUCUGAAAUCUUAUAAUCCUCAAACGUAUUCGCCCCUAAAAAUGUGUAGCUGGACAUGUUACUUUAAACUUUGCUGAAAACCUUGCUGCCUAUGUUGUUGAACUUUCAACCAGAUGAGAUAUUGGACGCUCUUUCAAAUGUCGCCUGCCUGUGCCAAUCAACUUUCUAACUGUAUGAAACAAAAAGUAUGCAGCUGAACAAGAGCUCGAAACGUCUUGCUCUUCAACUUCGACUUUUGAAAUAUUGAGCGGUCUGUCAACUCCUGCCUAUGCUACUAAACGUUAAAUCAUGUGAAAUUUUGAACGGGCUGUGUCAUGUUUCUUAGAACUUCUAACUUUAACUGUAAGAGAUGUUUUAACUGUCUGUCAAAUGCGGCGUAAAGGAGGCAUGUGCAAAAGAAUAGGGCACGACAGGGACUACCGAGUCAUUUUGCUGUCACUCGCUUGUCUCAUCUAUGCUGUCACUCUUCCAUCGGCUCAAGAAUAAGACGUCAAGACUUGCUGAUGCGCUUAAACUUGUGCCCAUUACAUCUCCCUGUCAGGCGUGCCUUUGAGAGACAACCAAUACUCUCGUUGGGGUUCUCUUCAUAUGCCUUCUUUUCUAUUUACAUUUGUAAGUAUCGUGAAUAUUUAUCAAACUCGUGUGGCUAUUAUGAAUUCAAUUUGUGUGCCACAUAAUGACCAAAUUCCGUGUAAACGCUCCUUAAUCCAAUAUCCCAUUUAAUCCGGGCUUACGUAGCGAGCCAGUCACAUUUCGCCGCUGCUUCAGUAAUUCCGUCCAAAUCCCUCACUAAUCCCAACCUCUAUCUUCCUAAGAUUUGCCCAAUCGAACUCCUAAACCUACUUAAUCCAUACAAAUCCCUCCUAGGCCCAAGAUAAUCCGGUUGAGUUUAAUCUUUUUGUCUAUUGCACACAUCCGAGUCCGAGACUGCUUGGACCUAAGAGAUUACUUGGAUGGAGUGAGGCUGGCGAACUCACAAGACAAACACCCGUCAAGCAUGCAAGAGUACAUUUUCCGCGGGCCCAAUGGCCGUUUUUGCGAAACGUUCGCCCCGACGACCAGCCUGUGUGAAGUGUAUGAGACGCUAAGUCAUCGGGUCGGAGCUAAAGUCGCCGGGCUUUUAGUUGGGUUUCCGCCGCAAUCUGUGCCAGGCGAGACUCUAGAGGGAGUCGAGACGAAUGAAGUUAUUACGAUAGUAGAAGGACAACAGCAAUUCUCCGUAAUCACAAUCAAAGAAGAGCCUCGGGACGAGUCUGAAUGCUCCUCGGAAUCCGCACCACAGGUAUCCCACAAAGGCCCACACCGCGCGCACUCUCGUCCCACAGUCCUUGACGCCAAGAGGUUGAUUGCGGCAGAAAUCGGUCAACAGAAGAUCGCGCAGAAAGUCAUCUGCAAAGUCAUUUUGGGGGUGUCUCAGGGCAGGCUGUGUCAACUGAUGCAGGACACAGCGUUUGAUAAUAUGGUCCUCGGCGAAAAACCGUACCCAAACAAAUCGUGCGAGCAUUACCACAAGAUUUACGAGUUUCUUACCACCAGAUCGAUCAUUGAAAGGCACAAUCUUUACUGCUCCGCUGCGUGGGGUAUAGAGAGAGAGCGACAGCAGAAAAAGCACUCUUUCUCCAUCGCGGCUGCCGCUGCUGCCGCGGCGGCCGAAUCUCCGACGGACGCCCGAAACCCGAUCAUGUUCACACGGAAAGCAUUCGUUGGCCGGGGAAAGCGUACUUUCAUCUCAAACAUGGCAAAGAAGACGAUGGAGCAUUACUUUGUGAACACUAGUCGGUUUAUAACACAGGAUACCCGUGCUGUACUAGCAAAACAGCUCAAUCUACCUGAAGAGACUGUGCAGUUUUAUUUUAAGAACUUAAGGGCACGCGAGAAAAAGGGCUCGUUUAUCCCUGAUCAGUACAUGCACUGAUCGCGGAAUAAACGGCAAGAAAAAGUACAUCUACUGUUACUGGUUCGUUGUUAAACGAUCAACUGAUCGUUUUUGAAAUCCAUCUUACUGCUCGAUAAAAUAUACCUCCAGAGUAAGAACUAUGAAAUCACAGGGAUACAGCGUUAGCUGUCCAAAUUCAUCACAGUUUUUCCACAUCUUCUGCAGCCCUAAGAUUAAGGCUGAAAGGUCUUUUGCAUAGUGAUGUGUAAUUAUAUGUGAAUUCAGAAAUGUGUAAAUAAAGAAAAAUAAAAUAAAUGAAAUGGUUUAUGUUCCAUCCGUCCA